AUGCCAAGGAGAGUCUUGGAGCGAUUAAUUUUUAAAUUAAUUGAAAACUAGUAUCUAUUCUUUCAGAGAUAACACUUCAAAAGUACACAAUAUUCAUCUUCCAACAAUACUUCAUCGGCCCUGAAAGAUAGCUUUGCAGCUUGUAUUAAAGGGAAAUUUAUGUGACUUAGAAAUAUCUGUAGUACAUUGUUUUUGCCAGUGGCGUUAUAAACAAUCUAAUAAUUUCGAGAGUUUACGGAAAUUGAGUGGGCGUUGAAUUUGACAGACAGCUUGUCAAUAGACAUGAUAAGCCUUCCUAUUAAAGGUGACAUACUAUUGGUGGAAAACUAGAACCUGUUUACCUCAUUUUAUCCGUUUUCUAGCCAAGUUAAUUAUAUUCUAAUUCAGAUGCUGCCAGACGGUCCAAGUUGAAAACUUACGACCCGAAAUUUUUAAAACCCGAAUAAAUUACAAACUUUAAAUCGUUGAUAUCAAAAUCAUGAGACCCUCUCAUCGGUCUUCCCAAACGUCUUAACAAUUUCUUAAAUUUGGAACCAAGUUUGAAAGGUAAGCGUUUUUAGUUAUACAGUAUAACUAAUGUUCCUAUGACAACCGAGCUUGAUAACAAGCUUUGCCAAAAUUUAGCGUUUUAUCGUCCUUACUUUGUAUUGGUUGUAAAAGAGUCAUACUCAGUUCGUACUAAAGUUUAUUUACAACUUUUCACUAUUACCAUAUACUUAUACAAUAAAUGACUCCUUUUUAACUUUCCCACGAUGGCCACGGUGAAAACUGAAAGGUAAUAACCUUUCAGACAUUAUAUAAACAUAACGAAGGAAAAUACUGAUGGGCGGGGAAAACCACAAUCGCCCAAACUUCCGUGAUAUCAUUCGAAUGGUUAGAUAACACAACAGCUUUGUUUGAAACUAUUUUUACUUCCCUAAGGGUCACAUGUAUGGGUAAAGAAACAAGAGACAAAUAAUUUCCUUUUUUAUGAUGUAUACUUACAAGUGAUUUUUGUCCAAAGUUCAAUCGAGAGAGUAAAAGCGUCAGGAAGUUACUACUUGCCAAGAUUAAGAAAAAUUUAGAUACAAAACUUGGACAUUCCAUUCGUUUAGAAGCUUUGCCAGCUAACAAUGACAUUAUCCUAUGCAUUAAUGGUUAGUUUUGUAUUUAUUGAGCUAAAAUUUCUCAUACUCAUUUCAAAUCAUAUUACCUAAGGAGCAUUAAUCAUAUCUUUGAUGGUUAAUAUCAUUUUUUACGAAGUUUUUGCCUUUGUACCUCGUAUUCAUCUUAUAACUUUAGUUGGAGAGCCAAUAGAUCAUAAAUCCUUGUGAUUAUCAUAUUGAGCUACUCCCUAUAACUAAUUAAUGCAUUUCCGUAUUUCCUUUUACAAUUUGUAAUCUACUACUCUUUAACCUUCUACUUGUAGAAUAACCUUCGGAAUUUGUCAUCCCACUAAUCGGAAAAAACACGGGGAAGUGUCACGUUCUCAUUUAAAUACAACUGGCCCGGCUGAUCGAUCAGAGAACCAUUAUAAUUAAUAAUUCUGACAGCGACGAACUGACCAGUGGUUGAUACUCACAGGAUCAUGGGAGGUAGCCAAAAUAUGGUUUGGUAGAUGGCAAUUAACGUCAAAUUCGUCAGUCGAGAGCACCGGGGAGUCACAGAUAAUUUAAAGAUGCUUUGGUUCUUGAGAGGUUAAUAUUUUGUCCAACGAUCAACCCUGUUAGUAUCCUGAUCGACAAGCCUCGCAUUAUCUGUAAAGCUGCUCGGUCUCCGUUUGUGUCCUAAACAAUGACAAGCACUGAGGACCUGUAUCAUUCAUCAAUGGUCACCAAUUGUGUGCUCAACGCAUCUUUAUCCUACACCGCCAUCGCGUUGAACAUCAUAACAAUUUACGCGAUGAGAAAAACAUCGUCUCUGCCGAGGCCGCUGAGAACAUUAUUGCUGAGUCUUGCUGUCUCAGAUCUGGGUGUCGGCAUUUUUGUACAACCUUAUUACGUUGUGCUUUUAGUUAUAGAGCUGAAAGGCGCCGAUCCUGUUGACAAAUCAAUGGAUAAUGCCAUGUAUGCCAUGGCGGAAACAUUUUCCAUUGUUUCAUUUCUCAGUGUUUUUGUCCUCAGCGUGGACAGAUUCCUGGCUGUACAUCUUCAUCUCAGAUAUCAAGAACUUGUCACUCAGAGACGCACUGUUUUGGCCGUGAUAUCAAUCUGGAUGCUUAGUGUAUUUCUUGCAGUAACCGGCCAUUUUUGGUUGCCUCUUUUCCUUCUAGAUUUUUUUCCUGUAGUUUUAGGGUUCUGUUUUAUUUGCACAGGAUUAGUUUACUGCAGGAUUUAUUUCGCUGUACAACGCCACUUGAGGGAAAUACAGUCCUUGCGAGUACGGCGAACCGAGCAGAAUAUCGGUGACAUGGAGCAUACUGCAAGGAUGAGGAAAACUGCCAUUAGCACAUUUUACGUUUAUCUUGUGUUUUUAGUCUGUUAUUUGCCUGAAUACUGCACUAAUAUGGUUGUUAGCCAUGGCGAGCUUUCUGAUUCUUUAAAAACCUUUAGGUUAUACAGUUGGACUCUUGUGUGUGUGAAUUCAUCUUUAAACCCGGUUAUUUAUUGUUGGAGUAUGAGACACAUUCGACACACCAUCAUUAACAUUCUCAGAAAUACGCAUCCGUGCAGAAAGUAAGCAACAUAGCGUGACAACAAGUUAAACCUUUGUUACUGUUGCACCUGAAAGUUAUUAUAAGAGUGGAUACAAUAACACAACCUAACAACUAUUUUAGUUAACAGCCUGCAUUAAGUAGUAAUAUGAUGAUCCAUUUGUAAUACUCGAAAUUGAUCUUAAAUAAUAAGGACAACAACAAAGUAGGGAGCCGGCCUGAAGGAGAAUAUUUCAAUUGCUCGCUGCUAAUGACAUUGCCACAGAAAAUAAGUGCUUUGUAUUUAUGAAAUUCUAAAUUAAAUGCACCCAUGGAAAGGUAUAUAUCA